UUUCGCACGGGUGCUUUCACUGCUUAUAUCCACACGUAUACAAGAAUGUCAGGUAGAUAAUGCUGGUGUAUUGUAACACUUACGUGUUUGAGUUUGAUUCUUCCUUUGGUUGAUUACCUUAACUCAGUUCCAGAAACUUCCGCAUAUGUUUGGCCUUUGAGUUAGCAUCCAAGGUUGGGGAUGCGAUCCCAUAUUGUGUGAAGGCUAUUUCACUAUGCAAGUCACGUAUGCAGAAUCUGAAACAUGCCAAGGAAGCUUUGCUGGCUGAUAAAGAGGUUUGCACAUCUGCUGCUGGAGGACGCUCGGGAAAGUUCACUCCAGAAGUGGAGAUAGCUUUCCUUUCUAGAUUCUUGGCCCGACUCCAGAAGAAGCUUGAAAAACUGGAGCUAGCAAUGUCAGCCCCAAGCUCUUGCACAGAUAAGACUAUGAAGAGGGCUCUCUCAAUGGCGAGUCAUGAGCAGAAUGUUAGCAGUACUGUGGCAAGAGCUGCAUCUUCGACUUCACAGAUGGCUGGACCAAACGACAGCUUGCGUUCCCCAACUAUGUCUACAGCAGCAACAACAGGAGGCAUUGGAAGUGGUGUAACUGACUUCAGGAUUGUUAGCACAGGUAUGGAACACGGUAAUGACAAGCCGAUCUCUGACGAACCUUCUCCAAAGCGGUUUGCAGCAGAUGAUUCACCACUCGUGAAUGAAAUGUGAUAGCAGCUAGAUAGAACAUCUGGAAUUGCAAAGAUAUGCCUGAAAUAAUGUCCUACCAAGAUGUUACUGCUCCCUGUUCACGUUCCCUCAAU